UUAUCAGUGUCCUGGUUCAACAGACCCGAAGCCAAGACUGAACAGUCCCUGGUGCUGCACAGCGAUGCCGCUGCUAUGCAGAUCUUGAGCCGGGGAUUCCAGACCAGCGCUGUCUCCCGGGACAUCGACACGGCCGCCAAGUUCAUCGGAGCAUCCGGUCAACCCCACAGGAAUCCUUCUCUGAAGCAGCAGCUGUUCUCCUACGCUAUCCUGGGCUUUGCCUUGUCUGAAGCAAUGGGUCUCUUCUGUUUGAUGGUUGCGUUCCUCAUCCUGUUUGCUAUGUAAACCCCCUCCUCAUUUUCCACACCCCUUUUAGGGGGUCCAGGGUGUAGGUUAUGGCCACUGAGGGCUCCCCCGGCCCCUGGAGGGGUUUGGAACUCUGACGUGCAGCUGCUGAGGCCGUGGCAUCGCCAUUCCAUUAGUUUUAUUUCAAAACAGUAACUUUUGUCCAAGUUUUAUGUAAUAAGAUCUUGCUACUUUGUUUAGGCAAAAUGUCUAAAAUAAAGUGAGGGGUGGAUAAUCCUGUAA